CUUCACUGAGUCCACCCCUACUACCGGAAAUGGACGGUAUUAGUCUUCUUGAACGGCGCCCAUGAAAAUCCACUUUCAAUCAGUCUGACAAAUCGACUCUGAUUACUAUGUCAAUCGCCGGCUUCACUCUGACUUCUUCUACCAUGGACCUCCAUUCGCGCAUUCAUGCAUGCCUUCAAUGGCUCCCUCAAUACCCAGAUACAUCGAUACGGUGAUCAUAGGCAAUGGGCCCGCGGCGCUGAUAUUGUCGUACAUACUACAUGGAAACAUUCCCUACUACGCCGGUGGCCAUCCAGACCCAUUGCUAGACGCGAAGCUAUCCAGAAGCCGAACCCUCCUUGACGUAACGCCGGAUCUGUACGACCAUUUUUCGUCUUCUCUCCGCUACUCCACUCAAGCGCUUCCUAUAAACACCCUCCUAGAUACCCUACUUCGACCCAAUGCAGAUACAGAGCUAAACCCGCCGUCAUGCGUUUGCUGGAAGUACGAGCCACAGAAGGCUGUGCCUCAUAUUGUCCUGGGAAACACUGCAGCUCCUGGCGGGCAAUGGCAGGAAAACGCUGUCUCAGCCAGCUGGGAUAUUGGGACUCUGAGCUACGCAGAGAUGCUUUCCUUGCCUGGCUUGACAUUCGCAGACCACUGGGAGCGGGCGCAUGGCCAGCCAAUGCCUGAUUUUGUACGACCAUCUCGUAGAGAGGUUGCGGAUUAUCUGAGCGCUUACCCCACAGCGGUUGGUAUAUCAGACUCCAUAUUCAACUCGCAACAGGUCUCGGGCAUAUCCAGGACCAGAGACGGUUUCAUGAUUGCCUCUCACAACAUGCGCUGUAAGCAUCUUGUUCUGGGUUCGGGAACCUUCUCGAUGAACAUUGCGCCACAACCCCCACUAGCAGAACUUGCGAACUUGCGUACCAAAUCCGAACCAUUACUUGUGGUUGGCUCGGGCUUCUCCGCUGCCGAUGCUAUCAUAUCAGCCAGCGAAACCCGUCAGAUCAUACAUAUCUUCAAAUGGGCACCAGACACACGACCUUCGCCGUUGAGAGGAUGUCACCAUCAGGCAUAUCCGGAGUAUGCUGGUAUUUACAAGAAGAUGAAACUUGCUUGCAAACAGUCCCCGACAAACACUUCCAAACAACGACCUAUGAUGAGAAGGAAAUCGAAAUCUUCUCUUGGCAACCGUGAUUGGUCAACGACAUACGAGGGCUAUCCAAAUGGAAGCAUUAAAAGCGUCAAUGUUCAGGAAAACACAGCCACCAUCCAGAUUCAAUGCGCAAACGGUACUAUUAGUGACCGGACAAUCGGAGAAUUGCGAUAUGUUGUCGGGAGAAGAGGCAGCCUAGCUUACCUCCAACCAUCCUUGCUCAAGGAAGUCGUUGGCGAAGCCACGAGCCCUGUAAACCCGGUCGUUUCAACGAGGACCCUGCGUCAAAAAGUGGAAAAGAACUUCCAAGUCGCACCAGGUGUCUUCAUCAUCGGCAGUCUUGCAGGUGAUACCCUAAUACGACACGCGUUUGGUUCCUGCGUACAUACUGCCGCCAACUUAAUCAGGGAGCAUUCAAUCGUUUCCGAGCGCCGACAUAGCAUACAAAACCCUGCAACGCAAAAGCAUGCACGAGAAAGAUCGACUCGCUCCUUGGGGAAGAACGUUUCGCCCCAUGGUAUCCCUAGCUCGAAUUGCAGUGAUCAAAACUCGCUUGCUGAAUCCUCAGACUCAGAUGGCGGUGGCGGCGUCGUCUUGGAAGAUCAUCGUGACCUUCACAUCGAUCGACGGACGCUUCCCAGGGCGAAGUCAAGAGCGACUAGCCCCACGCGACAGGGAUCGAGACGGUGUUCAAGCUGGUGACUUGAGCCCCAGACGAACUUGUCAGUACUAUUUUACAUUGUCACAGCAUACCGGCGGCACGAUUGAGUAUUGUUUUUUCGGAGCAAUACAGCGCAUUACUGUAGAAGGGAAUAGUGUCAGACAUACAGUAACAGACGUAGAGGGCCGCGCCCCAUACAUGAGCAUGCGCACAUAUGAGAGAGAGUGAGAGAGGAACAGGCCAUGGUUUAAGCUGUCCUCAACGACGUGUUCUGUAAUUCAAGAAACGAUGGAAUCUGUUUAAUUAGACAAUAGAAUACGUGCAUCAGCUCUACCUAUUUAUUAUAGAAG